AUGGAUAAGCUUGCUACAGCUUUCAAGAGUGCUUAUGACAGUUUGGGCCUUGAGACAUCUGGUAGCAAAUCUACUAACAUACAGAAGAUUUGGUAUCUGAUGCAGACAUUAAUGGGGAAUACAUCCCAAAUUGUGACUGAACAUACAAUAAUUGAUCACAAACAGAGACUGGCAUUCAACAAAUCAGAGACCCCUGAGUCUGAUUCUACAAUUCUGACCAAAGAACACUUCUCUGAGAUCCAGUCUGUGCUUCAUGAGGUUUCUUUUGACACAUUGGAAAGAACUAAUUCAAGUGAAGCCCCGAAGGCUACUAUAGUUAUUCCAAAUUCAGAACCUAAAAAGAUGGAAAAAGUUGCUUCAGGUAUUUCUGUCGUUACAGAUGCUCUGGCCAAAAUUGUUUAUUCCAGAUUAUUUGAUUGGACUGUGGAUAAGAUCAAUAAUUUUAUUGGGCAAGAUCCUGAUUCAAAAGUUUUAAUUGAGGUUCUGGAUAUUUAUGGAUUUGAGAGUUUCAAGACAAGUAGUUUUGAGCAAUUUUGUAUCAAUUUGGCAAAGGAGAAACUGCAGCAACAUUUCAAUCAGCAUGUAUUCAAGAUGGAACAAGAAGAAUAUACAAAAGAAGAAAUUGACUGGAGUUAUAUAGACUAUGUUGAUAAUCAAGAUAUUCUUGAUCUCAUUGAAAAGAAACCUGGUGGCAUCAUUGCUCUUCUGGAUGAGACAUGUAUAUUUUUUCCAAGGUCAACGCAUGAGACAUUUUCACAGAAGCUUUACCAAACAUUUAAAAGUCAUAAACGCUUCAGCAAGCCAAAGUUGUCACCUACUGACUUCACCAUUUAUCACUAUGCUGGUGAUGUCACAUAUCAAACCGAGCACUUCCUGGAUAAAAACAAAGAUUAUGUUGUUGCUGAGCAUCAAUCACUUCUGAGUGCUUCCAGGUACUCCUUAGUGGCAGACUUGUUCCCACCUUUACCUGGGGAGUCUUCCAAAACAUUGAAGUUCUCAUCAAUAGGUUCUCGGUUUAAGCAACAAUUGCAAUCUUUGCUUGAAACACUGAGUGCCACUGAGCCACAUUAUGUUCGCUGUGUGAAGCCAAAUAAUCCUUUUAAGCCAUCAAUCUUUGAGAAUAAUAAUGUUCUACAGCAACUACGUUAUGGGGGUGCCUUGAAAGUAAUUAGGAUCAGUUGUGCUGGAUAUCCCACAAGAAGAAUGUUUGUUGAGUUCAUUGCUCGUUUCGGCAUCCUUGCACCUAAUGUCUUGGAGGGGAGCUGUGAUGAGGUUACUGCUUCCAAGAGGAUUCUGGAGGAGGUGGACCUUAAAGGGGAUCAGAUUGGUAAAGCAAAAGUGUUUCUUAUAGCUGGUCAGACGACAGAACUAGAUGCUCGUAGGAAUGAGGUUUUAGGAAGAUCUGUUAGCAUUAUCCAGAGAAAAGUUCGUUCAUAUCUAACUCGGGUUCCAUUGACCAUUGUUCCUGAGCCCACUCAAGCACAAUGCCACGAUAUAGAUAGGGAAGUUUCCCAGUUCAUAGCUGAGUUGGAUCAUGGACUCUCUUCUGUUGCAACAUCCCCCCAAGCAUACUCUUUGGCUUUGAAUCCUACCAUUAAAUUACCUCACGACGAGCCCACUACAUGGCUGGGCACAGUUUCUGCAACUGUCUUUGAGUACCCUUUCUUCUGA